UCUUUUCUCAUAUAUUUUUUUAUUUUUUAUGUUGUGGUUGAUUUCUCGAGUUUAAUGAAGUGAUCGACGUAAGAAAUUCAGAUUGAGUGAGAACAAUGGCAAGUCGUGGAACGACAGAAACACAGAAGUUGCGACAACAGCUAGAAGAACAGCUGGAUCGACUGGUAGCUCAACUUGCAGACUUGGAGGAAUGCAAAGGAGAAUUGGACCCGGAAGAAUACGAUGAGGUUCACAAAGACACGAUUGAACAGCUGAACGAAUUUCAGGCGUCUCUAACUCGCAUGAGCAGCGGGAACAUGACUCUUGUCGACUCACUGAGUGCUAUGCAACUGGCAAUACAGGCAGCCAUCUCCCAAGCCUUCAAGACACCUGAGGUGAUUCAGAUGUUUGCGAAGAAGCAGCCUGAUCAGCUGCGUGAAAAGUUGUUCCAGAUUGAGAGAGACCAGAAAAUUGGAAAACUAACCAUGGAUUCUUAUACACAACAAAAGCUCGAGAUCUUGAGUGCAUUGCAAAAAUUGGGAGAGACACUGGAGGAAGGAGAGCAAAGCUUCUUAGAUGCCCAUGCCUCGUCUCUCAUGAAAAACUUUGAUCAGGUCACCGAUGAUGGAGGGUCAAGUCAGAAGGUCCUUGAAAUGGCUCGACAGGGACUGCAAUAAACUCAGAAACAAAAUUUAGCUAUAUUUACAGUUUUCCAAUGGAAAAUUUAAUCUUUCAUAAUCCUCUGGAUGCUUUUCCUGCAGUUCCUAUCUAUUACUGUGUCUAUGCAUGACAGGAAAUUUUUAUAUGUAAGUUUAUGUAGAUUUCUUAUCAAGAGUAACAGGAUUACUAAGUAGAAAGAAUAUGUCCAAGGAAAGGACAUAUUUCCAUUCCAGAGCACUUUGUAAGCAUCCACUUUCAGCGUUCAGAUUUCACGUGCCUUUCCGAAAAUAACAGGGAACAUGAUUUAUGUAAAAGUAGGUAGCCUUUUGUCUAAGGAUGUUUAUGGAAUUUUGAAGAAUUACAAAUGAUUUAGAGAUGAGAUGAUUCUCAUAUAUGAACACACUUACUUUUUUUUUAUAUAAGAUAUGUGAUUUUUAUAAUUCUUUUUCUUAUGAGCCUUAUACGUCUUUUUGACUAGUAUCCAAAGCAUUAUUUUUUAUGUCGGAUUCAGUAGGUGAUAUGACAGAAUGUUACAGCGUAUACUGAUUAUGCUAUAUAUUUUGCAGUAGAGAAAGCAGCAAAUUAACUGAUUGAUCUUCCAUCCUCAGAUACAUGGGAUCUGUGUAAUAUUUUAGUCUUUAGAGAUGUAGAUGGUAAUGAUUUUAUUUUACUUGUUACAUUCAAUGAUGGUGAAACAGCUAUGUUAUUGUACUAUUAUGGGAACAUUUUGCAUUUUCUUUCAAUGUGAGUGUGCGAAAAAAAUAAAGAAUCAUUGUU